AUGCGCCUGUUCUCUUGCCUUAAUUUGGGUGGGGGUAGGGCAUGGUGCAAAAUUAAAACACUAAACCGAAAAUGUGCCCGCCUGCUGCCAGCUGCAAUCUUGCUUCUUGUUCGAUUUUUGUCUUCGCAAGAGUUUCACCCCGAUUCAACACCCACCCAUGUCAUUGCUCUCUUUCUCUCAGAUGCCCCCCUCUCUAGCAAGACUCAACAACCCAAAACAAUUCUCCAGGGGGAAGCCAGUGCUUUUGUUAGGGAGUUUUUUGUGCUGUUGACCUCUGCUGUGGCCUGCGUUUGCUGUUCAUGUGGCAGUAGUGCUCCUGUAUUUUCUUAA